AUGAUCAUGUCUUAUCACGAAAAGCACUUGAAGAAUCUCAAGGAUAGCAGCCUGUUCUCGGGGGAGGCUUUUAUUGACGGGCAAUGGGUUUCUAAGGACAAGACAUUUGACGUCUACGUUGAAGAUUUCCAGAAAGCCAUCGAGAGUGCGGACAAGGCACAACGAAGCUUUUUUGAAAGCACAACCGGGACCCAGAGAGGAGCUCUCUUAAGAAAAUGGAAUGACUUGAUCCUGGAGAACCUGGAUGACCUCGGGGCCGUUCUUUCCCUUGAAAACGGAAAGACCUUGAGCGAGGCAAAGGGUGAGAUCGUAUAUGCUGCAAGCUUCAUAUCAUGGUUUGCAGAAGAGGCCACUCGUUCUUAUGGCGUCACGAUCCCAUCCUCUACUCCUCACACCACUCUCAUGACCAUCCGAGAACCAGUGGGCGUGUGUGGGAUCAUCACACCCUGGAACUUCCCUGCUGCGAUGAUUACCAGGAAAGUCGGCCCGGCUCUCGCCGCUGGGAACUCCGUUGUGAUCAAGCCACCCAGCGAGACACCAUACACCUGUAUUGCUCUUACCAAGCUGGCCGUGAAGGCCGGUCUGCCCCCUGCGACAAUUCAGGUCUGCCCUACAAAGGACCGUGCAGCUGCCACCGAGAUAGCCAAAAGUCCGCUGGUCAAGAAGCUCAGCUUCACGGGCUCGACUGGUGUGGGUAAGAAACUGGCCGAGCUGGCAACGGGCACCCUGAAGAAGGUCAGUCUAGAGUUGGGCGGGAACGCGCCAUUCAUUAUUUUCGACGACGCAAACCUCGACUUGGCCGUAGAGGGUGCAAUGUUCUGCAAGUUUCGUUGCUCGGGGCAGACGUGUGUCUGCGCAAAUCGACUUUACGUUCAGAAGGGCGUGGCCAAGGCUUUCACAGAGAAGCUCGUCAACGCUGUUCAGGCGCUGAAGACGGGACCGGGGCUGGAGCCCUCAACCACUCAGGGUCCAUUAGUGAAUAAGGCCGCCGUAGACAAGGUCAAGGAGCAUGUCGACGACGCCAUCUCAAAGGGCGCAAAAAUUGAGCUCGGCGGCAAGACGCCUGAAAAGGCUGGCUUCUUCUACGAGCCUACGGUGCUCUCCGGCGUCACAACAAAGAUGCUGGUCAGCAAGGAGGAGACGUUCGGCCCUCUCGCUCCCAUAUUUGAGUUUGAGACCGAAGAGGAGGUUCUGCGGCUGGCCAACGAUACCGAAUUCGGUCUGGCAGGAUACUUCUUCUCACAAGACAUCGCGCGGGCGAUGCGUGUAGCACAGAAACUCCAGUGUGGUAUGGUGGGUGUCAACACCGGAAAGAUCAGCGCGGCCGAGGCUCCUUUUGGGGGAGUCAAGGAGAGCGGAUACGGAAAGGAGGGCAGUCUUUACGGUCUCGAGGAGUACCAAAUUAUCAAGAGCGUCACAAUUGGAAACCAGAACGUCGGUGUCUAA